CGGCGGGGACGGCUGUUGCUAAGGGAGGGGACGCGCGGGGAAGCGCGGCCCGAGCGGCGGCCGACACCGAACGCGACCGCCUAAGCGGCGCCCCUUCCUCGGGACCCUCCCCCACGCCCAGCGUCCUUGAAAGGAGCCGCGAGUGCAGUCCCCACCCCCGGAAGGCGCCCCGACGAGCCAGAGCGACCCCGGAGCGCCACUCGGAUUUUUGAUUCUUGAUUCACCUUCCGCUCCUGGGACUUUCUCGAAGGGUUCGUGCGCUUCCCCUAGGAACGACGAGGACCCCCGGUUCGGGGAGCCCAACCCCCCCGCACUGCCCGGAGGCGCGACGAGGAUUGGCGGCGCCCAGUGGACCCCAGCCCUCCAGCGCGGGCCGGGGAUGGAGCCGCAGCCCGGCAGCGCCCGGAGCUGCCGGCGCGGGGCCCCCGGCGGCGCCUGCGAGCUAGGCCCGGCGGCCGAGGCGGCGCCCAUGAGUCUGGCGAUCCAUAGCACAACGGGCACCCGCUAUGAGCUGUCGGUGCCCCCGGACGAAACGGUGGAGGGGCUGCGCAAGCGGCUGUCCCAGCGGCUCAAAGUGCCCAAGGAGCGCCUGGCGCUGCUCCACAAAGACACCCGGCUCAGUUCGGGGAAGCUGCAGGAGUUCGGCGUGGGGGAUGGCAGCAAGCUGACGCUGGUGCCCACCGUGGAGGCGGGCCUCAUGUCCCAGGCCUCGAGGCCAGAGCAGUCUGUGAUGCAGGCCCUGGAGAGCCUGACCGAGACACAGCCCCCAGUGGCGCCCGGGCCGGGCCGGGCUGGCGGAGGCGUCUUCCGGAAAUACCGAUUCAUUUUAUUUAAGCGUCCGUGGCACCGACAGGGACCCCAGAGCCCAGAGAGGGGCGGCGAGAGGCCCCAGGUCAGUGACUUCCUGUCGGGCCGCUCGCCGCUGACCCUGGCGCUGCGCGUGGGGGACCACAUGAUGUUCGUGCAGCUGCAGCUGGCCGCCCAGCACGCCCCGCUCCAGCACCGCCACGUGCUGGCUGCCGCCGCCGCUGCCGCCGCCGCUGCCCGUGGGGACCCCAGCAUGGCCGCCCCCGUGUCCCCCUGCCGGCCCAUGGCCGGUGCUGCCCGAGUCCCCCCGAUGGCCAGCAGCCCUGCCCCCACGUCCCCCUCGCCUGUCACCGCCGGCUCCUUCCGAUCCCAUUCCGCUUCCGCCGCCUGCCCUGAGAUGGACUGUUCGCCCCCUGCCAGUGCUGGCGCUAGCCCCACUUCCACCCCCGGGGGGAGCCCUACCUCCCGCUCCCGCAAGCCUGGCGCUGUCAUCGAGAGCUUCGUGAACCAUGCCCCGGGGGUCUUCUCAGGGACAUUCUCUGGCACACUGCACCCCAACUGCCAGGACAGCAGCGGGCGGCCGCGGCGUGACAUCGGCACCAUCCUGCAGAUCCUCAACGACCUUCUGAGUGCCACGCGGCACUACCAGGGCAUGCCCCCGUCCCUGACCCAGCUGCGCUGCCACGCGCAGUGCGCGCCCGCCUCACCUGCCCCGGACCUCACCCCCAAAACUACCUCCUGCGAGAAGCUGGCGGCUGCAGCCCCGGCCUCCCUGAGCCAGGCCCGCAUGUGCAAGCCCCUGGGGGACCGGCUGCGGCAGACAGAAAAUCGGGCCACCCGCUGCAAGGUGGAGCGCCUCCAGCUCCUGCUCCAGCAGAAACGGCUCCGCAGGAAGGCCCGGCGGGAUGCCCGCGGGCCCUACCACUGGCCGCCAAGCCGCAAGGCCGGCCGCAGCGACACCAGCGGUGGCGGUGGGGGCAGCGGGCCCAGUGAGGCCUCCGGCUUGGGCCUCGACUUCGAGGACUCCGUUUGGAAGCCGGAAGUCAACCCUGACAUUAAGUCAGAGUUCGUGGUGGCCUAGGAACCACGUCCCUCGCCCGGCCACCUUGAGCGGAGAGUCCCCUGGGCCAGCCUGCGCGCGGGAGGGCAGGCAGUUGGGGUCAGGGCAGUGGGAGGCCCCUCCCUUCCUACCAGCUUCCUUCUGGUUUUUGGGUUUUUUUUUUGUUGUUGUUUUUGUUUUUGUU